AUGCGCACAGGGAAGGAAGAUCCCCUAGUUGUCCACUUCAGACACUGCACCUCCGGACUGGCCGAGUGCUCCCCCAUUGGCUCCCCGAGAGCACUCUGUCCAGUCCUGGGUCCCGGUGGAUCCUGCUUCCCCAGAACCCGUGGAAAACAACAAGUUGUCCCAGCUAAGUCACCUCCAGGGCCCCGUGAGGGGUACAUCCUUGGUUUUUUCUUUUUGUUUUAUAAAAGGGAUCCUUCUCCCCACAGGACUCACCUGCUGUGCUGUGGUCUCACAUGUACCAUCGGGGAUGCUCUCCUUGGAUCUCUCUAG